AUGCCUUUUUUGACAGUCGCACGUCACCAUUGUAUUGGCAGCAGCAGAAGGAGCAGGAAACAGCAAGAACAGUAUUAUUAUAAUUAUUUACUCAGCACGUUCAACACCGUCAAUAGGAGUUCGACGAGUCGUCGACAUGCCGCAUCAUUCGUAUGGCGCAGCAGCAACAGUGCUCGCUACUAUACGACGGAUGCCACCACAGCAACAGCAGCACCGAGCAGCACCAGUAGAAAUGAUAGUCAUAAGUCAAGAAAAUGGAUUCGACGAGGAUUAUGGACUUUAAGCGGCGUUGCCGCCACUGGUGCCGCAGUUUACUAUUUGAUUCAAGACGUUGAAUAUAUUGGUGUCGCUCGAGGCGCACAUAAAGCCGUACCAUCUUUGGCACUGCAUCCAAAUACAGGCGGCAAUAAAGACUUGCCUAUCGUAACCCAUCAAUUGGAUGACGACAAUCCAGAGGCCGUGAAAAAGCUGACCAAGCCGCGUAUUGUAGUUUUGGGCGGUGGAUGGGGCGCUGUUGCCGCACUUCAACAACUCAAUCCAGACGACUACAACGUGACCCUAGUUAGCGAUAACAAUUAUUUUCUAUUCACGCCGCUUCUCCCAAGCGCUACAGUAGGAACACUAGAGAUGCGAUCUUUGUUAGAAUCGCUAAGAAAGAUAGUAGCAAGGGUCCAUGGUCACUUUCUAGAGGGCACAGCGGUAGACGUUGAUCUGAACAACAAAUAUGUAGAGGUAAUCGGCGCUGACGGCGAAGAUAAAGGCAAACGAUUCUAUGUUCCAUAUGACAAGCUGUUGAUUGCCGUUGGAUCGACGAGUAUCACACAUGGCGUAGAAGGCUUGGAGCAUACUUUCCGAUUAAAAACAAUUCAAGAUGCCAUGGCUGUUAGAAGAACCGUAACACGGAAUGUUGAACAGGCUUCGUUACCGACAACAUCGCCAGAAGAGCGUAAACGGCUGCUUAGCUUUGUUAUUUGUGGAGGCGGACCAACGGGUGUUGAGUUUGCAGCGGAAAUUUAUGACUGGAUGAACGAAGAUCUGGUAAAAUGGUUUCCAAAAAUUCUCCGUGAAGAUAUAUCGGUUACCAUCAUCCAAUCCAGAGACCAUAUUCUAAACACAUUCGAUGUCAAGAUCAGCGAGUAUGCAGAGCGCAAAUUCUCGCGCGAAGGCAUCAAUCUUAUUACAAACGCACGUGUCUUACGAAUCCUGAAAGAUAAAGUCGUCUACAGGAACAAAGAUGCAGAGGGUGACAAGGUUGGCUUUGGUGAAGUUCCGUAUGGCCUUUGCAUGUGGUCAACUGGCAUCGCAAUGACACCCUUCGCUUUGAUGUUGGCUGAAAAACUAGGAAAGCAAGUCCAUCAGCGUGCUAUACAAACCGAUGCAUACUGCAGAGUGCUUGGUCUCUCAGACGGAUCUAUUUUCGCGAUAGGCGACUGUGCUACCAUCAAGAAUCAGAAAUUGUUGGACCACAUUAUGGAACUUUUUGAAAACGCUGAUCAGGACAAGGAUGGAAGCUUGACGCUUGACGAGUUUGCCAGUUCAGUGGAGGAAAUGCGUACUAGAUUCCCUUUAACGAAACAGCAUCUUGGCGAACUUGUUCACAUGUUCAAAAAAUACGACGCCGAUAAUAGUGGCACGUUAGAAGUUCAAGAAAUGCAUACUUUGCUGAGUGAUAUCGACAAGAAAAUGACGCAAUUGCCUGCGACGGCGCAAGUGGCCAGUCAGCAAGGUGCCUACGUCGGUCGACUGCUAAACCAGCUAGCCAAAGAUGAAAAUGAUGUCGAUAAGGUGGUUGGGCCCUUCCAGUACCGGCACUUGGGCUCGCUCGCCUACCUGGGUAAUACGGCAGUCGGCGAGUUUGGAUGGGGAUACAAGAUGAUUGGUGGUUUGUAUGCUCAGUACUUGUGGCGAUCUGUUUAUUGGUCCAAGCAGGUGAGCUUGCGGACGCGGAUCAAUUUAAGCAUUGACUGGUCCAGAAACGCCAUGUUCGGACGAGACAUUACGACAGUGUAA